CAGAGGCGAAGCAAAGGUUUUGGCUAUUAGCGGUAUGUAUAUCUCAAUGAUUAUUUUAUAAAAUGUAUUAAAUUUAUUUUUAACUGAAAAUAUUGAAUUUUAGAUGAUAUGCAAUUCUUGAACAAUAUGAUUGUUAGUGUGGAUGGCGACAUAAAUGUUCCUGCUAACAAAAUAUUUAUGGCAAACAUUGUUCAGGAAAAUGCAUCUUUACAAGAAAAUCGAAAGGUAGAGCAGAUAGUUGCUCUAUCGAAUCGAAAAGUUAUGGAUGCCAGGCUAAGGGUUAAGCCAACUAUUUUUGAUGGUGGUAAUGCACUUAGCCUCACUAAUGUUGACCAGGAGUAUGUGAUACUUGAUGAUACACCCAUCGAUUAUGUUGACGACCAAGGCAACGUGCUUAUUAUUAAUGGAGCUCCUGAGUCUACACAUGAGAUUCAGGAAAUAAUUAAUGUGAAUGACAGUGAUUCUGAAGAGAGUUGUAGUUCUGCUAAAUCAGCAGAACUACAGUGCUCAGAGGACAAUGUUAACGCAGUCCCUCUGACAAUUUCUUUUAAAGUUACCCCGGAAAUAAUAGAGAGUGCACGUGUGUGGUUAACUGCAUUGGAGGUUGCAUAUAAAACACAAAAUGAGGUGAAGAAGAUUGAGAAUGUGCAAUCAAAUGCAAUGGUCGAAUCCAACUAUAAAUUCAAGAUUCCAGCAUGCUUCUACACUCCUGGAGAAAACAUGGAAGAAAUAUCUCCAGGGUGUGGAUUCUUUCUUCCCAAAAAUAAAAUAAUAUAUAUUGAGCAAAUGUCGAAAGCAAACGGAACAGAAAAUGGCUGGGUGAAUGUAGUAAGGGAGGUGCUGCUUCUCGUUUAUGGGGAGCAGUUGAAAAACUUCUCAGCCACUGGGAUGAGGAGUAAGCGGCCUCCAAUCGACCAAAAUUUAUUUGGAGGAUUGGUGCCGUCGAUUGAAAUUUAUGCUGGACAAAAAGUCAUUUAUACAUUACGUAAAUAA